AUGAAGCCCGCACGGCUGCCUCCUCCUACCGAUGUUGCGCUACCGCUUCCCUCAUGCAAUAGGGAAACCCUAGGUGCCUCUCCGCCUCCCGAUCGUCGCCUUUCCUUCCGCCUCGGAUCGGUUUGGGGCAUUGAUGAGGACAAACUAUGUUAUCUGCAUAACGUAUUCAAAAGGCGGUCACUACAUUCUCUGCAAAAGCUUCGCCAUGUGACUAUCAAUGGUGCGUUAAAAUUGGCGUCAUGGUGCCUCCUAUGCUCCUUAAGUGAAGCUGUGUUCCUUAUCGCCAUCCAGGCACAUGAUUUGCACACAUGGAUGGGUGUAUGUGUUAAAGUUAUAAAAAAUAGCAAAGAUUUUUCCGAUCAGAGCCUUGAUGAGAUCAGGCUUCUGAAGUAUGCUAACAAGCAUGAUCAUGCUGACGAGAAACACCUUUUGUGUUCGUAUGAUUACUUCUACUAUUGGGGAGCUUUGGAUGGUGGCCUGGAUAUUCCUCACAGUGAGAAGCGAUUUGCUGGUUUCAAGAAGGAUGACAAGCAGCUGGAUGCUGAUAUCCACCGCAAGUACAUCUAUGGUGCCCAUGUUACUGACUACAUGAAGAACCUUGCUGAAGAGGAGCCAGAGAAGUACCAGCCUCACUUCAGUGAGUUCAUUCAGAAGGGAAUUGAGGCUGAGGACAUGGAAGCUCUGUACAAGAAGGUCCAUGCUGCGAUUGGUGCUGAUCCUUCCAUGGUCAAGUCAACCAAGCAGCCACCAAAGGAGCACAACAGGUACAACCCCAGGAAGCUGACAUAUGAGCAGAGGAAGGCCAGCCUCGUUGAAAGGCUCAACCAACUCAACUCCUCCACAAUUAAACCAAAGAAUCUACUCAGAUGCCUGCCUCUAAAUUACAUUAAAGAAAAGUUAAUAACGAAGCUAGAAAGGAGGAACCUUGUCUAUAUCAAAGUAACAUUGAAAUGA